UGGAAUUUCGAGUAAAUAGAAAACUGUCAGCGUCUGAAUUUUCAUUGUUUGAUUUGCCCGACUCUUCUUUGGUUAACUCCAUCCACGGUUCAGAUCCGAGUUUGGGAGAAGCUCUAUCUCUCUCUCUCUGUCCCUUAUCUUUUCAGAAGAAGCGAUCCUUCACUUUGUCUUCUCCGUUCUCGUCGCGAUCAACUCGUCUGCAGCCUUCAGGUCAAUGUUUGCUCCUUUGUUUGUUUUUGCCUCAAAACUCGAUUUCACUUUCCCCUGGUUUUGUGGUGCGAUUUCUUGAGUGUGAUCGGAUCUUCUCUUCCAAUCAUCUGAUUCAACCGAUUUCGAAAGAUGUUGGAAUUGCGUUUGCUACUUGAUCUGGAUUCGGAUCAGUUCAUUCUCAAGUGGUGCUAAGUUUCUCAACUAUCCAUGGAUCAGGCGGAACUGACUAUGGAUCAGGUCUUGAAAAGGGAUAUUCCAUGGGAGACAUACAUGACAACUAAGCUGAUUUCGGCAACAGGUCUCCAGCUCUUAAGGCGUUAUGAUAAAAAACCUGAAAGUGCAAGGGCACAGUUGCUGGAUGAAGAUGGUCCAGCUUAUGUUCAUCUGUUUGUUAGCAUCUUACGUGAUAUAUUCAAGGAAGAAACAGUGGAAUAUGUUUUGGCUUUGAUUUAUGAAAUGCUCUCAGCAAACCCAGCACGAGCUCGGUUAUUCCAUGAUAAAUCUUUGGCAGAUGGGGAUACUUAUGAGCCUUUCUUGAGGUUGCUGUCGAAGGGAAAUUGGUUCAUUCAAGAAAAAAGCUGCAAGAUCCUUGCCUGGAUUAUAAGUGCUAGGCCAAAAGCUGGUAAUGGUGCUAUUGCUAAUGGAGAAGCUUCGGGUUCGAAGAAACCUAUUACUACAAUUGAUGGUGUACUCAAGGGGUUGGUGGACUGGCUUUGUGCUCAGUUGAAGCAACCUUCUCAUCCUACUCGUGGUGCUCCGAUUGCGAUCAGCUGUCUGUCGUCAUUGCUCAAGGAACCUGUUGUCAGAUCAUCGUUUGUUCAGGCAGAUGGGGUGAAAUUACUUGUCCCUUUAAUCUCCCCAGCAUCCACUCAGCAGUCUAUCCAGGUUGUCAGGGUGGUCAUAUUGACAUUCAGGAACUUGCUUCCAAAAGGUACAUUUGCUGCCCAGAUGGUUGAUCUUGGACUCCCACAUAUCAUCCACAGUCUGAAAACACAAGCAUGGAGUGACGAGGACUUGCUGGAUGCACUGAACCAACUAGAAGAAGGACUAAAAGACAAGAUCAAGAAAUUGAGUUCCUUUGACAAAUAUAAGCAAGAGGUUCUUCUUGGCCACCUUGACUGGAACCCAAUGCACAAGGAGGCCAAUUUCUGGCGUGAGAAUGUCACUAGCUUUGAGGAGAAUGACUUCCAGAUACUGAGGGUCCUCCUCACAAUCCUGGACACGUCAAGUGAUCCAAGAUCAUUGGCGGUGGCAUGCUUUGAUCUCUCACAGUUCAUACAGUACCAUGCAGCGGGGAGAGUGAUCGUGACAGACCUCAAGGCGAAAGAACGAGUGAUGAAACUGAUGAACCAUGAGAACGCUGAGGUUACCAAGAACGCACUCUUAUGCAUUCAGAGGCUUCUCCUUGGUGCUAAGUACGCUAGCUUCUUGCAAGCUUGA